AUGCGUCAAGAAAAUGAUUUUAAUGAAAUACAUAUACAUGAAUGUCAAACAGAACUUAAUCGAUUAACAAAAGGACUUACUGAAUCAUCAAAAAUUGCAUUACAACAAGAAGAAUCAAAUUCAUUGAUUAGUAAAAUAUCUAUUCAUGUACCAGAAUCAUCAGUAUUAGAUUCAGAUACUUGUAAUAGUUUAUGGGCACAAGAUGGUGUGACAAUUGCUGGAGGAAAAGGAGUAGGGAAUGAUUUAAAUCAAUUGUUUCGUCCAGUUGGUAUUUGUAUGGAUAGUGAACAAACAAUUUAUAUUGCUGAUACUGAAAAUUAUCGUAUUAUGGAAUGGAAAUAUGGUGCAACUAAGGGGAAAAUAGUAGCUGGUGGACAUGGACCUGGAACGAAAAUGAAUCAGUUAAAUCGUGCAGUAGAUGUUGUUAUUGAUAAAGAAGGAAAGAAUCUUAUUAUUUGUGAUCAAGGUAAUCGACGAGUAGUAAGAUGGUCUCGUCAAAAUGGUACAAGUGGACAUACUAUUAUUUCAGAUAUUGAUUGUUCAAGAUUAACUAUGGAUAAUAAUGGAUAUUUAUAUAUUUCUGAUAGAGAAAAACAUGAAGUUAGGCGAUGGAAAAUGAAUGAUACCAAUGGAACAUUAGUAGCUGGUGGAAAUGGAAAAGGAGAUAAACUUAAUCAAUUAGAUAAUCCUACGUUCGUUGCUAUUGAUGAUGAUAAUUCAGUUUAUGUAUCAGAUUGGAAUAAUCAUCGGAUAAUGAAAUGGAUGCAAGGCGCAAAAGAAGGCAUUGUUGUUGCUGGUGGCCAGGGAAAAGGAAAUAGUCGUGCGCAAUUGUCAAAUCCUCAAGGAAUAGUAGUCGAUCAAUCGGGUAGUAUCUAUAUAGCUGACUAUACCAAUCAUCGGAUAAUGCAAUGGCCAAAAGAUGCUACAGAAGGAUUUGUUAUUAUCGGUGGUAAUGAACAAGGAGAAGAAUCUAAUCAACUCAAUCGUCCUAUGGGUUUAUUAUUAGAUGAUGAAGGACAUUUAUACGUUGUUGAUCAAUGGAAUGCAAGAGUGCAAAUUUUUCACUUUAAUUAA